UGUUGUGUUAUUCCCUAAAGCUUUCCCUCCAUCACUUGAACUUGCUUUUUCUGUCUUGCUCAUCAGACCUGGUUUUCUUCUUUCCUUAUUACGGACCUCCUUGCUUCCCUGCUUUCCUUCCUUCAACCCCUACUCACUUUUAAAUUUGGCAUUCCCUUGACUAAAAUGAUUUGCAAUUGUGAAUGCUACAACAAAACAAAAACAAGGUCAUUCCCGUAUUUGCAGAUUUUGGGGGUGUUAAGUGCGGAGAUCCCAGUUUACUCGUGUUCGAUCCCCUACCUAGUCACAUUUGUUAAACGUGUAGUUUAAAAGUGCAGAGUAGAGACUGUGACUUUUUGUAUAAUUCUGAAAAUUACAAAAAAACAAAAAACAAAAAAAAAACAUUGUAUUUAGUUUGCUCUUCCUUGGGUAAGCUUAACUUUAUUUUUUCUUUAAUAUUACCUGGAUUGGAUUUUCAUUGGACUUGAACUGAUUACCUUUCAUUUGAGAAGGGAAAAGGUGUAUUCUAGAACUUUUGACCGGUAGUGUACGACACGCGGUCCAGCGUAAAAACAUGAUGCCCAGUUUGAGCAUUGAAACGGUCUGUCAGAACGGUACCAAGAUGACAAUAUUCUUAAUAACGAGACAAAUAAAAAACAUAACACACGUAAUAUAUCUCCGAAUGAUCAUUCAUGAAUUGUUUAAAAUCAGAGUUCGAAGAGAACAGAUAAUGCACCAAUGGAUCGAGCCGUGCGCUCUUCUAUCGAUUAUUACGCCUGUCGUCAAGGGGGAACGUGACGCGCUCGCCUUGGUUUCGGACAACUGCGCAUGCGCAGAGCCAGAAGAAAAAAGCUGAUUUCUCGUAAUGGUGUCGUCCUAGCAAACAUGUAAGCUUUCCGAACGCCGAUGGCAAGAUGCACCACGAAAAGAAAAGAAGCAUGGACGACACCUGGUCCGCUGCCGAGCUGAAAAGACGACUUUCCAGGAGGAAGGAACAGGAACGCGACACAAAGCAGCACCGCGGUGGGGAAUCCGCGGAGAGACGCCACAGGGACUCGCGAGGGGACAGAGACCACAGAGACCGUCACGGAGAGAGACGGGACUCGGGCGCAGAGGAGAGACGCGGUGACCGGGACGCGAGGGCGGAGCCAGAAAGGCCGGAGGACGCGAAUAGGCGUGCGCGCGACUCCAGAGAGGGCAGAGGCAAGCGGGAUAAAGGCAGGCCGAAGGAGGGACCCCAGGAGGAGGAGGACAGACUCAAGAGGAAGGAGGACAGAGAAAGACGGAGGGAGGAACGGGACAGGAGGAGACACGAGGAGAGGAGGGACGACCACGACGGACGAGAAAGGCACGAGGACAGGAAGCAGUCGAGGGAGGAAAGAGAGCAAUACCGAAAACAAAAAGAAGACCGAGAAAGGAGACACAAGGAGAGAGCCUGCCGCGAUGAAAAGCCGAGGCGCGAGAGAGAGGAGGAGGGAGCCGAGGAAGAGCGAGCCGAGAGGGAACGACGCAGAGAAGCCGUCGAGAGACGGCACAGCAGCUCCAGGGAAUCCAAAGCCAGUCACCGCCAUGACACUAAAACUAGCAAAGCUGAGGAGGAUGUGAUGCAUUCAGGGAACGUGGCAGCUAGAGACGCACAAGACCCAGUAGCCGAGGAUGAACCUUCACAUGAGUACGAAGAUGACUUCGAGGAUUACGAAGAGGAUUUCGAGGAACUAGACGAGGACGACAAGGACGGCGAGGAAGAGAACGGGAAUGCGGAAGUGGGCGAGGAGGUUAAAGCCAUCCAGAGAGCCAUGGGUGAAGAGAAUGAACGAGUCCGGGCAUCUUUUUCUACUUUUAGCAAAGAGGAGGAAGAAGGAAAAGAAAAGCCUGAAUGGUCCAGAGUGAAGCACUCAGACGAGAAGGAGAGUCGAGGCUCCCAGCGAGGAAAGUUCAUCGACUUUGUGGCGGCGAAGCAGCGAGAAGUCAGCAAGAAAGUCGCCAUAAAACAAAGGAAGCGCAGUGCGGAGCUGCUUCGCUUAAUUGAUCUGGAUUUCUCCACCACGUUUUCCCUUCUGGAUCUACCUCCUGUCAGCGAAUAUGACAUGUACAUUAGGAACUUCGGAGCCGCAAACACAAAGCAGGCUUACGUCCAGUGUAAUGAGGAAAAUGCCGACCGGGACAUCCAGACUGAGGAGGUGGACUUAAGUGACAAGUGGACUCAGCAUCCCGCAGAGCAAAGCGGGGCCUGUGGCGAUCCAAACCAGUCACAUGAAACUGGAAAAAUGAUCGGGAUGAACUUCGAUUCGAGGCGCCUGGCCGCGUUCCUACGUGCCGCCUCCCAGGUGAUGUCCGUGCUGCUGGAGGAGGAUCACGCCGAGAGGAGUUCCUUCCAGGGCCGGACGGCACAAAAGGACGCUCUGUCGUUCAGCGACGGAAGUCUGCAACUCAACACCGACUUGCCUUUCCUCCGCGGUCGCGCCGUCAGCCGGGUGCUCUUCUCUCAAGCGCAGAGGCACAGGCUCCUGUCGGUCCACGAGCCCUCAGCAUCGACCGGCGACGUCGUGCGGCAUCGCGGCUGCGCCGUCAUCUGCGUCUGGAACAUGUGGGAGCCAUCCAGACCGCAGAAGAUCCUGCUCUGUGAAUCAGAGGUGCAGUGCUGCUGUUUCAGCCCGGGAAAGGCAACGUUGGUGUUCGCCGGCACGCGCAUCGGCUCCGUGGCGCUGUGGGACCUACGGGAGCCCGACGGCAACCACCAUCGCUUGAAGGUGGGCGAGGACGAGUGGACCUUCAGACGGCCUACCUUUUCCACCGAUGCAGUGCCCUCAGUCCAUUUCUCAUCAGUGACGUCCGUCGAGAUUGUUCCCACCACUGUUGCCGGAGGGGCGGGGCCAGAGGCGGUCUUCUUAGCGUCUGAGGAAGAGUUGUUGGGAUUGUCGUUCCAGUUGGCUUCGAUGGACGACAACGGGCUGUUGAAUCUUUGGGUGGUAGUGCAACUCCCAAAAGCCAACGAGGCGGGCUCCCAGACAGAUCUCGGUCUGAGGCCGGGUGGCAAAGUGAAGCUGCUCCACAGCUCGGCCUGCGUGACGGCCAAAGGGGUUUCGCCGUCGCACGCGGACAAAACAGGACCGCCGCAGUCGCUUCAUUUAAAAUUUCUCCCCACUGACCCCAGCCAUUUCUUCAUCGGCACCAAUAUGGGUCUGGUCAGUCACGGCACCACUCAGGGUUUGAAAGCCCUGCCCAAGUGCUACAGCUCGCAGCAGCUUGCCACCCGCCUUGUUGAUGUCACCGCCAUCCAGUUUUCUCCUUUUAGGCCACACUUGUUUUUGGUGGGCUGCAGCGACGGGAGUGUGCGGCUACAUGAGGUCAGCCGUGACAAACCGGCGGCCGAGUGGACGGACGGCACUGCCGGCGAGGAGGUGGUCUCGUUGCAGUGGAGCCAGACCAGGCCGGCGGUCUUCUGCGUGCUGGAUGCUGCGUCCCGCCUUCACAUUUGGGACCUGUUGAAGAGCGACACGGCGCCUGUGGUUACAGAGCAAUUGGACGCUGACAGGCUGACGGCCAUGGCUGCAUUUGGAGAUGCGGGACAACAGAACACAUAUUCAGGAAUAGCGACAGCACACCACUCGGGUAAAAUAGAAAUGCACUAUUUCACAAGGGAAUUCGCCAUCCGAAGUGGUCACGAAGAAAACGCAUUAGAGGGAAUGAUUGUAGAAUCCUUUUGAAACACUUGAAGGACCUUUAUUGUCAAUUGGGACUCAUGACACAAAUAGAUUGUGUAUAUUUUUUAUAGUGUAUAGUUACACAAACAUAAACUUUUACUGUGUACUAGUAUGAGCGAAUGGCGAGGGUUUGUUACAUCGUGCAUCUGUUGGUCUGUGUAUGCACACACACA